AUGAUACUCUCCCCGGUUGAUGAUUAAAACCAUUUUAUAUACACGCAAAUAUUAUAUAUAAAAAUUACCCGCAAGUGGAGCUCCGACCAAGUUAUAAGCUCUGGUCAUUCAAUAAUCCCAAAAGCUUAUAACUAAUGUCAUCCUUCUUUUAUGUGCAUAAUAAAUCAAAGCCUUCCAAACAACUAGGGAGCAAAAGAGAAUGAGUGAAGCAGAUAUCCAGUCCGAUAGCAGUAAGUUUGAUGGCCGUGAAGAACAGUUGGACAACAAGACAUCAUCCGAGUCUUCGAAUAACAAUUCCUCUUUCGACUUAAAUGAAGUAGCCAACAGUGAAGGCGAUGAAUGUGAGAAUGAUGUUCCUGAUCCGAGAGGUGAAUAUAGUGAUGGACAUGUAGGGGGAUCAGAAAAUCAUGAAUGCAGAAACGAAAGUGGAAAGAAAGGCUCGGUUCGACGAUAUGUUCGAUCUAAAUUGCCUAGGCUUCGGUGGACACCUGAACUUCAUCGUUCUUUUGUGCAUGCUAUAGAGCGGCUUGGUGGACAAGAAAGGGCAACUCCAAAAUUAGUUCUCCAAAUAAUGAAUGUUAGAGGACUUAACAUUGCACAUGUAAAAAGUCAUUUGCAGAUGUUUAGGAGUAAGAAGCUUGACGACUUUGGACAAGUUCUAAGUGCACAAACAAGUAAAACAAUGGGAGGAAGAUAUUAUGUUCCAAAUGCUUACGGCCAAAGGUUGAAUCCACUUCAUCACUUCAUAAUCAAAAACAGCGACAUUGAUACAAGAAAAUCCGACAUUCAUAGACGUCUUCAGAGUCUCAUGAAGAAUCACUCCCAAUCUGCAAGUAAUACCAUAACUCAAUCUUUAAGAAAUCAGUUAUAUUCUAAUAGGAACCAUGCCGGAUUAACCUCAAAGUACCCAACAAACGUAAGUCUUGAAUCAGAUGUCAAGCGAUUGAGCAGGUCAUUCAUGUGCCAAUCAUUUCAAGAAAAACAAUAUACAUUAUCCAGAUAUAUUGAAAACAACAGCAACAAAUGGACAUCAGGUAAUUUUACCGAUGAUCAUAAAAGAGUUGAAGCCCCUGUGAUAGCGACCGCUCAUUCACCUCACAGGAACUGUGGUUUACAAUAUCCAAGCUUUAAUACGCAGAGGGUGUUUGAGACUCGAUUGGAGAAUCAUGAGACACUGAAGCCGACAGAGUCGUUGCCUGAUUUACAGCUCAAACUAAGCCAGAACGUAGGGAUCGAAGAUCAGAAGAUUCAUCUAAACAAAAUUCCAGAAAUCAACACUGCGCUCUCUCUUUCUUUGUCCCCUUAUUCCUCAAGGCAAACUAAAACAGCCUAGCACUAUGCUUAACGUAUAAUAGAGUUAAAUAUGCAGUGCAUAUAUAUUUUAAACUUUCUGAGAGAUUAAUUACUUGAUCUUCUUACGAUUCUACUUCAUAUUAAUUA